AUGAUCAGCAUCGGUGUCCCAACGUGCUUUCCGGAUACAUUGCCAGUCAACCAGAAGCGCAACCUUCGCCAAGCUAACGGUGAAAUAUACCCACUUGGCCUUUGGGUCAAUAAUUAUCUAGCGGCUCAAAUUUCUAGUUCCGUGCUCCGCAUCCUGAUAGAGGAGAGGCUGGGUUACAACGUUACCGAAACAGGUACAGGAAGUGGCUCGGACGCCUUGUAUGCCCUGAUGGGCUGCUCGAAUCCCACCACCGUGGCGGACCGUGGGUGUGGGCAGCCAAUCACCUACCAUCAUAUCAACCUGGAGAAUUGGUUCGCAUCAGAUUUGGCUGAGUUACAAGCGCAGUUUCCAGCCAUGGCCCCCAUCAAUGCCGGCAGCAUGGGCUACGUCGGUCAGGAGUCUGUCUUCAUACCCAAGGACGUGCAGAGAACAGCACUCCAGGAAGCUGGAGCAAUGCUCGACUCCUAUCUUGGUUGGAACAGGAGUCAGCCAGGGCUUUUCUUUGAUAGCAUUGCUAGCAUCGAUCGAAGCAGUGUCUAUCCAUGCAACGAAACCAGUUUCUACAUGGACUACCCGAACGAACUCUACGUCAACAUCACUGGUGAUGAGGACGGAAUCCGACGGCUUUCCGGGAAUCGGAUUGUUGCACAUUGUCCGGAUGGCUACUUUUGGCUAGCUCCUGCCUGUAGAGACAAUGCCUCACAGUGCGUGCCUUAUUUCACUGGAGGUAGUGGAUGGAUGUUGGACGAGGUUAUGCAGAAGGCAACCUCUUUCAACAUGCCCUUGGCGCUAGGAGUUGCAAAAGACUGGUCGCAGCUGCCUAGACGCGUAACCUGCGCGUUUUACUGGUGGACCCCUGAUCAAACCUUUCUUGACCUAGACCCUGUCAAGAUUACGUUCCCAGAGUAUGACUCCAACGCACGGAAUCUUGGAGACAAGCGAUCAUCCUUGGAGGGUAAUGCCAUCUCAAAGCUUAUCAGUCAAGACUUGUCUGUGCUGGCGCCCAGUGUUGAAGUCUUGGUCCGAAGCUUCCACCUCCAAGUUGAGGAUUUGAACUCCAUGAUGAUGGAUGUGAAAACUAACGGGUCUCAUUUGGAUGCGGCCUGCCGUUGGUUGAAGUCAAAUUCUUCCUCUUGGCAGUCCUGGCUCUCGUACGAUGAAGUUGAAGAGGUUGAAGAUGCAGGAACCACUCCGUACGAUGAAGUUGAAAAGGUUGAAGAUGCAGGAACCACUCCGUCCGAUGAAGCUGAAAAGGUUGAAGAUGCAGGAACCACUCCGUCCCAUGAAGUUGAAAAGGUUGAAGAUGCAGGAACCACUCCGUACGAUGAAGUUGAAAAGGUUGAAGAUGCAGGAACCACUCCGCUUUCCUUUCUAAAUCCUUUUGUAGGGAUCUCUGUGUUCGUGUGGCACUAUAUGUGUACAUUCUGA